GAAAGAAAUCCUUGUAAAAGCAAAAUGAAAUACUUUAAAUCUGUGUCUUUUGUUGAAGUGUUGAGAUUUGCGAUAAGAAAUCUAUAGUUUUCACGAUAACAUAACAAGGAUGCGGAAGUGGAUUUGUUGUGCACCUAAACAAAAAGUCUCGGAUUCGUCAAAUGAUGGGUUACAUCUGAAAAGUACUCGAAAUCAUGCUGCUGCGAAGCCUGAGGAGGCACAAAGGAAGCCUCUUCCCAUUCAAGUUCCUCGCUUGUCAAUAGAUGAGGUUAAAGAAAAAACUGAUAAUUUUGGAUCAAAGUCAUUGAUUGGUGAGGGAUCAUAUGGAAGGGUAUAUUAUGCAACUCUGAAUGAUGGCAAGUCAGUUGCUUUAAAGAACCUAGAUGUUGAUCCGGAAGGUGAAACAAACGCCAAGUUCUUGAUUCAGGUUUCCAUGGUUUCAAGACUGAACCAUAAGAAUCUCAUUCAACUGGUUGGUUAUUAUGUUGGUGAAAACCUUCGUGUCCUUGCUUAUGAGUUUGCACCUAUGGGAUCACUUCACGACAUUUUGCAUGGCAGGAAGGGAGUCCGAGGUGCACAGCCAGGUCCAACACUAGACUGGAUAACGAGGGUGAAGAUAGCCGUUGAGGCAGCUAGGGGUUUAGAAUACCUUCAUGAGAAUGUUCGGCCUCAUGUAAUACAUAGAGACAUAAGAUCUAGCAAUGUUCUUCUAUUUGAAGACUAUCAAGCAAAAAUUGCUGAUUUUAAUCUCUCAAAUCAAGAUCCUGAUAAUGCUGCUCGUCUUCAAUCUACAAGAAUCUUGGGCACCUUUGGUUAUCGCGCUCCAGAAUAUGCUAUGACUGGACAAUUGACACAGAAGAGUGAUGUGUAUAGCUUUGGGGUUGUUCUUCUAGAGAUUUUGACAGGGAGGAAGCCUGUAGAUCCUACAAUGCCACGAGGCCAACAAAGUCUUGUAACUUGGGCAACACCGAGACUCAGUGAAGGUGAAGUGAUGCAGUGUGUUGAUCCAAAGCUAAAAGGAAAAUAUCCUCCUAAAUCAGUAGCUAAGCUAGCAUCAGUGGCAGCAUUGUGUGUGCAAUUCGAAUCUGAGUGUAGACCAACGAUGAGUACAGUUGUAAAAGCUUUGCAGCAGCUUCUUAAACCUCGAGUACCAUAACAGUGUUGGAUUCUUUGUUCAUACAAAGUGAGAUAUACUCUAAUUUGGGAGAAAGAAAAAAUAAAGUACUGUAUAUAAGAUCAAAUCUUUGAUGAUC